GGUUUUCGUCGUGGGGGGUGAGAAAAAAGCAAAGGAAAAAUUCAAGAAAGUCUAAUCACACGUGGGUCAUGACUACGUCGUACAUCGCGAGUACGUAAUUUCGAGUCGUUGGUUUUUUCCUUCCUUGUGUUCAGAGUGCAUGAGACGAGUGUCAUCCGAGAGACAAGUGUUGUUAAUAUCAUGCAUGCUCCUUAGGGAAUAACAUCAACAUGAGUCUCUGUUCACGGAGACGCUUUCGCAUCACUCCUAUGCGAGCUCUGGCGGCAUUCUUCCUGAUGGUUGUGCUGUUCUGGUAUAGUCUCAGUCGGCAAGAAAUUCCGCAGCAGCCAUGUAGCGUGCCCGAAGAAUUUACUGAGAAAUUACAUGAUCUCGCUUAUAGGGCUCAUUUGGUCCUCUCUAAGUUGGGCAUCGUCCACUUUCUCUGUCUGGGCGGCCUUUGGGGCCAAGUUCGAAUAGGCCGCGCACUACCGUGGGCACGUAAAGUGGAACUAUGUUUGAUCGACACGCUUCGCGACGAUGUCUUAAUCACAAAAGCCUUCCGAGAAGUCGGUUUGAGUGCAACUUACCUUCACGCAGCGGGAAUUUACAGGAUACAGGAACACGAAGUCGGCGAAGAUGCACCUAAAGUGGAAGUGGUUGUUUUCGAGGAAGACGCAGUGACGCAGAUGGUGAGAAGAGUCGGCUGGACCAGAAGGGUCCUGCCUCCAGACUGCGAGUUCUCGCCGAGUCUACAGUGUUUUCCACCACAAUUAGUGAUACCUCCUCUACCGGCGAAACAAUUCGGCGGCCGAUUGAUGCCCGUGCCACGAGAAGGUAUAGAAUUACAGAAGUAUCAUUAUCCUAAUGAUUGGUGGUUGGAGAUCAAGCCCACUGACUGUACCGAGCUCCAAGAGACAAAUGUGUAG